AUGUCUUCUUUCCAUGGGAGUGGUCUUGGCGGAAGUGACCAAGUUAUUUUCUAUUCGCCGCCGAUUACAAAGGUAAUUCACUUCAUCGUUUUUCGUUUCCUUUUCUUUUUCACUGGGUCCUUGUGUGCUGGAAGAACUAUUGAAGGUGUUUAUUUUUACAUAUGGUUGACAAUUUCUAUAUUUGUUGUGAAAGCUCUGCGCAGAGAUAGUCCCAGUGGUUUUCUUCGGUUUAGCAAGUUAAUAUUCGUAGUUUGUGUAGAGGCGGAGGAGGAGUGCAAGAAUUGCUGUGGUUCGCAUGACAUUAUCGAACAGAAGAGUAAGGAAAAAUACUUGGUGUCCAUAGACAGUGAAGAAGACACCAUCCUUGAGACAAGUGAAGUUGCCGGAUGGAGGGCCAAUUCAGUCCAGGAUGAGGGCAAUGGCAAAUCCACUCGAGUCUGCCAAAUAUGCAUUAAUGGAGAGCAUUGCACUUGUUCUUCCGUUAUUGAACAACCUUUACAAGCAGUAAAAGAAGUGCAAACAUCCCCAGUGGUCUUGGCAACUGAAGAAUCAAAAGCUAUCAGAAACUUCAUUCAGUUCUUGAAAGACACAGCAAAUAGAGAAUUUCAAGUCAUACUUGUCAGCACUGAUGAGGACACAAGCAAGAUAGAGCUUAAAGUGGACGAUGCAAUCACAGAUAAUUCUUUGAAAGCAAUUAAAAAUAGUCUUCAAGCUGUCCCAGGUGUUCAAAGCAUUUGUGUAGACCCUGAACUGAACAGAAUUUCUGUUUCUUGCGAACCAGAUUCCCCUGCACCUAGAAGUUUUAUCAUAGUGACCGAAUCAACUGAAGCUGGGAAUUUCAAGGCCAUGAUAUUUGCUGAAGGGAGAAGAGGAAGAGAAAGUCGUAGACAGGAGGAAACUGAGCAUUUGCAGUACUUUCUGCUUUUGUGGUUUUUGUUUCUUGCAUUUAUUUUAUUUUUAGCAUCCAUGCUUUCCAUUAAUGUCCCUGCAAUUAAGCAUUAUUUGGACAUCAAAGUAGUCAAUAUGCUGACAGUAGGGGCAAUUAUCAGGUGGGUGCUAUCCACUCCGAUGCUGCUUAUGCAGCUUAUCAUCCUUUGGCAAUUCUAUACAGCACCCAACAAGACACUGAAUUGUUGUUCUGUUGAUAUGGAUGUGUUUACUGCCCUAAAAGCGAAUAUAAUCUACUUUUGUUCAGUCUAUUCAGUUUUGAGGACUGCUUUUUCUUCGGAUGUUCAAGGAGUGGACUUCUUUGGGACUAGCUUAAUGUUUAUGGCCUUCAAUCUUCUUGGGACGUAUCUAGAUGCAUUCGUUAGGAGGAAGAGAUCUCAAGUCAUCACCAAGCACAAGGGAUUGGCAAAGGAAACGAUAACAUUAUUGACUUUGGUUCAUAAAGAAAAUUUGACUGUCAAAGAAGAAAUUGAUAGUAGGUUAGGGUUAACUGAUGUCAUUAGACUAAUUCCUGGUGCAAAAGCUAAAUGGGAGAAGAGCCAUGCGAAUGAGAAUGGAGUUGUGUAUUUUAAGGGGAGAAGUUUUGGAUCAGACAGUGUUCUCUCACAGAUCGCUCAUCUUGUUCAGUCUGAUCAGAAGGCGGAAGGUCCUGUGAAGGAAUUUGCUAAAACUAUUUCCAAAUUCUUUCUCAUUUUGGGUAUUAUUGUUUCUUUUUUAUUUUGGCUUGCCUGGUUUUUAGCUGGAAAGUUCCAUGCCUACCCAAAAUCUUGGUUACCGCAUUCCAUGGAUAGGUCUCAUCUUGCAGCCCUAGUUUGGAUAUCUGUUAUGGCAAUAGCUUCGCCGUGUUCUCUUCCCCUAGCAACUGAAAUUGCUGCCAUGGUUGCCGCCCAGGUUGGCGCAUCCAGGGGUGUUCUAAUAAAAAAUGACCGAGCAUUAGAAUGGGCACAUAAGGUGGAUUGCAUUGUUUUCAACAAGAGAACUCUUACCGUUGGAAAGCCAGUGGUUGUUGACAUAACACUUCUGAAAAAUAUGAAACCUAAAGAAUUUUUCCUACUUGUUGCUGCAGUUGAGGCAAAUAGUAGGCACCCUUUAGCCAAGGCCAUUAUAGAGCACGCCAAGGAAUGCGGGGAAGACAAAGAUAACUUUCUCUUGCCUGAAGCUCAUGAUUUUGACUUAAUUGCUGGCCGCGGGUUGAAAGCUAUUGUCCAGAGCAAGCAAAUACUCGUGGGAAACAAGAGCUUGAUGAUUGAACACAACAUUUCAAUCCCGGAUGACGCUAAGAAAAGCUCGCAGAAAUUGAAAGGAAGGGUCAAACUGGAGUUUUAGUAUCCAUAGACUCUGAACUAACUGGAGUUGUAGCCAUAUCUGAUCCAAUGAA